UUUUUUUUUCUUUUUUAUUCCGACCACACGCUGUCAAACGGGAUGCCCGUCAUCAGCCAGACGGAAGGGGAACUGCGCCGGAUUGCUGACGCCAGUGCGGCUGACGAGCUCGUGGCGCGUCUGUCUGCGCUCAUCCCACACGACGAUGAUGGUCAUGACGCUGAUGAUAGCCACCGUGCAACCCAGCCAGACCAACAACAACAGAGAGGGCAGCGCCGUAGCAGCAUCGUCCGCUUGGUUGCUCAGCCCCGGCAAGCCGUUCCUGUGGCAAGCAGCGUCCGGUUCCACGCCGCCGUGCUUGCUGCGCGCGCGUCGCAAGCGUUCAUCGAUGCAUUCACAGCGCCCAACGAAGUCCGAGUCCAGUCGCUGCUGCUGGCGUCGUCGCCGAGCUCGCCAUCCACCACUCGACCAGAAUCCGUUGAAACACAAAUCUUGCGCCAGAUUCGAACAUUUUUAUACACCGAUCGCCUUCUCGAGCCAAAGACCGCCAGCAAACAUCAAGAGCGGCCAUCAUCCAACGACCUGCAUGCAGUCCGACAAGUGGGCAUUCAUUACAGCAUGCCAGACCUCGUCAGCGCAGCAGAUUCCUUGUUGCUGUCUUCUCAGGCACCGGAGCCUCAACGCUGUCCCGAGCUCGUGUUGCAAGUACCGACAUGGACUCGCCAGAGCGAUGCAUCGCAGUCCUUCUCCCUCAUUCGGCAUAUUCCCGUUCAACUCUCGCCAUGCUCGACACUCGCCGCCAGCAUUGCACGCUUGCUUGAAGCACGAGAAAGUGGGGCGCAAGCCCCGGCGGUUCCAGAAGGCAAUGUCGCGCUAGCUCUCGACGAUGGCACCCACAUUCUUGCUCAUCAGGUCGUGUUGCAAGGAGCAGCUCCCUACUUUUAUUCCAUCCUUGCAGGUGCGUGGUCGACUCUGCCGUCCGACUCUGCGGCGCUUCGCACGCUUGCAUUGCCUGGCAUCGCUCCCGAGAUUGCCGUGCAACUUGUAGUCUCCAUGUACGCCGGCAAUUGUUCAGUGUCUGCUGAAAAUGCGUUGGCUCUCGCAGCCGCAGCCGACACGUUCGGACUGCACACCACCGUUCGUCGCGUUGAAGAUUUUCUGUCAAAGCAUUGCCACAAUUUCCACGUGCCAUGCACCGAUCAGUGCGUCAGCGAAGUUAUCAACGUGUGCAAUGCGACCUCGGAAAUUCCGGCUUGUUCGGAAAUGGCCGACCGGUGCAUGGAUUGGCUCGGAUUGCACUGUGACCGAGUCUGGAUGCUCAGAUCGUUCAUGAACUUGAAGGAGCCGCUGCGAGAGAUUGUUUACAACAAGCCGUUUAUGCUGCUUGCCGUCAACUCUCAGCAGGACCUAGGGGACAGCGAUUUUGCGAUUGACUUGGACAAGAGCGUCGCUGCACGUCAGGGCGGGGUGUCGCCGCGAGUCGUCGUCUCGGAGCUGUUGCGAGCGACGCGAGGGAUUGCUGCCAACCCUCAGGUUCAAUGGGCCAAACCUUCGCUGAAAGCGCUUGAGGCUGUGCGGAGCGCCUGCCUCAAACGCCUGGAAGACAGCUUUUGUGACUGGGUUUUAGCAGAUCAAGACAGGCACAUGGCCAUGCCGUGCUUGUGUCAGCUCGUCCUCGACUCGACUCAGGACGAGCGGUCGCCAUUUGUUCUCUUUGCUGAGCGGUUUAUGCUGUCAACAACUGCAAAGACUGCGUGUCGUCGACUGCUGGCCAUCCACACGUUGGCCCAGCGUCUCAACGCGACCCAAAACGGGCUGGCCCUGCCUGAAGCCUUGCAGCGGCUGCUCGCGUGGCACAUUCAGUUUGCGCAACGAAAUUCAGGCUGGGUCCGUCGUUCAGCCGAGUUCGCGUUGAUCCCAGCCUCGUUGAUGGAGACGAUCCAAGCAGGGGAGAGCUUUAUCGACUUGGACGACUCUGCAAGUCCAGCCACGCCAAAACGAAACAACUCGCAACCUUCGGCAACGACAGGGCGGUCGGGUUCCCGCUGGGAGGCAUCAUCGGGUGCACAUCCCGCAACUCCUAUUCGACAUUCUGCCCAAGUUCGCGCCACGAGCGACUCUCAUCCAAGUCCUAUUUCAAGUCGCGCGGCGUUGACACCCGACCACCAUGCCGCAAGUCGCGUCUCUCGAAGUACCGCGGCGGCUGAUCACUUGUCCGGAAGUCACGCCGCACCAGCUACAGCACCUGUUCGGCGCAACAUCCCGAGCAUGGCCCAACGCGUGCACGGAGGGGCAGGAUUAUCGAGCGCUGCCUCUUCCCCUGCUCGACCCUCACAAGCUCGCGAUUCUGUCCAGACGAGCCUGGCGGCGAAUCAACUGAAGUCUGGCAUGCGUGUUCGUCUUCGGGACGCGCGGUUGGGCACAGUGCGGUACGUCGGCAACAUUCACGUGAGUCCAGGAACUUUUGUCGGACUGGAGCUCGAUGAGCCAGGUCCCAAAUACCACGAUGGCUGCAUCAACGACGUGCGAUACUUUGACGCCCCAAAGCAACAUGGCGUCCUCGUCAAGCUUGCCAACGUUGAAACUGUUCUGAGUGAAUCUUAGUGCAAUAGUACACGGCGGUGUUUCAUUAAAACAUUGGCGAACGCAAAUUGAUCAUCCUGCACAAAUCGGCACAACCGUCCGUGGGGGGCUGUUUACACUGAUUGGCGCAUGAAUUGAUUCGUUUUGCUGUGUGACAUUAAUCAGAAUAAAAUAAUAA